UGCAGGGACGGGGCGGGGCGGGGGCCGCCUCCCAUCGGGCCUUGCGGCGGCGCGGGCCGCGGGCAUGAGGUAAAGGCGGGAGGGGCGGCGGAAGCGAGCGGAGCGCAGCGAGCCCGGGCCCAUGGCGGACACCAAGGAAACACAUGAGGACCAUGAUACUUCUACUGAAAAUGCAGAUGAUUCUAACCAUGAUCCUCAGUUUGAGCCCAUAGUUUCCCUUCCUGAACAAGAAAUAAAAACUCUGGAAGAGGAUGAGGAAGAGCUCUUUAAGAUGCGAGCAAAACUUUUCCGAUUUGCAUCUGAGAAUGACCUACCAGAAUGGAAAGAACGAGGAACUGGUGAUGUAAAACUCCUGAAACACAAGGAGAAGGGAACAAUUCGCCUCCUCAUGAGGAGGGAUAAAACCCUAAAAAUCUGUGCAAACCAUUACAUCACACCCUUAAUGGAGUUGAAGCCUAAUGCUGGAAGUGACAGGGCAUGGGUCUGGAACACACAUGCUGACUUUGCAGAUGAAAGCCCCAAGCCUGAACUUCUGGCAAUCCGUUUCUUAAAUGCGGAAAAUGCACAGAAAUUCAAAGCGAAGUUUGAAGAAUGCAGGAAUGAAGUAGACAAGAGAGCAAAGAAAGCAGGCACAGACAAAAAUGAUAGCGCUGAUAAAGUUGCUGAAAAACUAGAAGAGCUUUCUGUAAAGGAAGAGAGCAAAGAAUCUGAGAAGAAAGAGACCAAGGAAAAAAAUGAAGAAAAGCAAUAAGUCAUCCUGGGCCUUGCAGUUUUUCCUUUAUAAUUUUUCUUUUUCUUCCUUUUUUCUUUUUUUAAUUUUUAUUUUUACAAGGGACUUUAUAAGGAACUGAAUUCAAUGUUCAGGUUGUUUUUUCUAAGCUUUUGCCCUUUUGAAGAUGUCUUCAGAAAAUCCAUUCCCCAGUCAUGAAAAUGUACUGUGCUAACUUUCUUUUCCAUAGUGGAAACACUUAUUUAUGGUCAUCCAAAAGAGUGAAUAAAACAAACUUGAAACAGCAUCAGAGGACAGAACUGAGUUUUCUAUGUAGUUUAAAGGCUUAUGAAUACACUUGUUUCAUUGGGUGUUGAGAAUCAUAUCAUCAUACCUAUGGAUUGACUAGGUUCAUAGACUUUACCAACAGGGAAGAUUAAGACUGCAUACAUGUUUUUAUGGCUUCUGAAACUGUAAUGUAACAGACCUUUCACGCCCUUCCCUGCUGAGUGUUCCUGAGCAGGGAUUGUGCCUGUGAUUCUUGAAAUACAGCUGACUUGUGGCAUCAGCUGAUAGAGCAUUCCUGGCACACUAUUACUGAUGUUUCAUUAGACAGGGAAAACAAAGGUGGGGGAAGAAAUGUAUUAUGUGAGACCUGAGUAGCAUUUUCCUUUUAUGAAACAAAAUUUCACCCCUGCUGCUUAUGAAAGUCGUUAAUAUUAAAAAUACUGGAGUCUAGCACAAAGUUGUAGCUGUUGUCCCAGAUCUUCCAUGAUGUGCUUCUGACUGACUAAAGGCAGUCCUGGUCUCUUACACUAAGGCAUAUACGACAGAGUUUGGGUACCUUGCCCUGUGUCAGCACAUAACAGUUAAACUCUAAAACUUAUAAGCUUUUUCCAGGGCCUUGGAGCUUAUGGUGUUUUUCAAAAAUUGGAGUGUUUUUAACUUGUAAGAUGCGUGGUGGGAGGCUGUCCCUCUUGAAAGGAGGAAUUCUGACAUUCACUUAAGUCAUUUAAGUGUGUUGUACACACUUAAGGGGCAAUCUUCUUGCCAAUGAUGGGCAAAUGAUCAAAUCUCUCCCAUGUGAGCAUUUACUGUUUGUCUGGUCUCAAGUUACUGCUAGAGAGUAGAAGAAAUUAUAGCAAGUGAUAAAAUCAACACAACUUAAGUCUUAUAGAUUGAGUUUUGUUUUUAACCACUAAUACAAGGAUAGCAUUAGAUAGCAAUGGAAUUCUCUAUUACCAUUCCCACAACUAUGAAAACUGGACAAAACUUGCUGAACUUCUUAUGAUAUUACUAUCAGAUAGCAAGACCUUUUUAUCUUCGUAAAAAGGCUCUCUAAGUAGAUCAGACUUUGCAAUCUACCUGAGGAAAAUAUAUUAAAAAAAAUUCUUGUAUUUCUACUUAGCACUGCCUUUUGAUGCUACCAUGAACUAGUCUUAAGUCUGGAACUGUAAUUAAGGUACUCACUUCGUUCAAACAAAGUAAUUCCUUUGGUGUUGUGCAUGUUCCACUUCAAGUACGGCAGAUAUCAAAAGUCUGUUAAUUAACAAAGAUGGUUGAAAGGCAAAAUAAAAUGUUUUUUAGUGUUUCUGGUUUGGAAAUAAGACAAAGUUCUUCUGAAGUACUUAACAUUUGAAUGUAAAAGCCACAUCUUUAUCCAUGAGUCACUGUAAAUUCUCUGAUCUGAUAAUGUCAAACAGUGUGUCUAAAUUGAUAGAAAUGACAUUUAAAAACUUCAAAAUAAAUUUAAAUUUUCAUUUAAA